GUCGGUGGCUGUUGGCUGUCGUCGUCGGUGGCUGUUGGCUGUCGUCGGUGGCUAUUGGCUGUUGUGCCGUCGGUGGCUGUUGGCUGUCGUGCCGUCGGUGGCUGUCGGUGGCUCCUGAACUGUUGCUGUUGGUGGAAUUGUGGGCUGUCGGUGGAUUGGAUGUCGAGUGGAUGUCGAGUGCGUCGAGUCCUUCACUCCAAAGCCGCGGCAAAAUUCAAAUUCAAAUCGGUCGUCGUGAGAGGAUCAGUCGUCGUGAGAGGAUCUCAUAAUCUCCUUGCCAAGCAAUCUCCUCGACCAAUCAACCAAACCAAAUCAACUCAUCAUGGUCAGCAACAAGUCCUAUCGUCUUCCAUCCGCCGACAAGGUUGGUUACAGUGAAAUGAAGAGGCUCACCCGUCGCAUCAAUGAAGCUCUUUUUGAUGACAAUGAUGGAGCUCUUUCCAACCACAUCUUCAUCCAUCACGACCCAUUCUCCCAGAGUGAGUUGGAUGAGGUCAUGACCUUCAUCAGCGGCCAUGCUAUUGUCACCUCUGUCAAGUACACCAUGGACACCAUUGAGGCCACCACUGAAGACGGUCGCAAGGUCAACAUCACUCUCUUUUUUGGUGGCAUCAGUUUCAACCGCAAGAUCAUGGAAGCCAAGAAGGAAGCCAAGAAGAGAGCUCCUCGAGAGUCUAUUGAAUCAACUGACUCCACGGACUCUGCUUUCGGAGACGGAGCCUUUGAGGAUGUCACUGGUCAAGGGUUGACACAAGUCGUUGAUAUGUUCGCUCCUGUCGCUGUUCCUGCCACUGCCGCCAAAGGAUUGGAUGCUCUUUUGGAAGACCUCGACCUCGACGAUGAGUAAACGAACGACGACGCCAUCCAAUAGCACCCACUGAAGAGUACAGUCGUAGACCGCCACAGAGUGUGGCCUCCUAUUGCGGACGUCGUUACAUGAGGAAGAGGAAAGAGGAGGACGUCAUGGUGUUGUGCUCUUCGAUAGCAGAUCUGCUGUUACGGAGGAAUGAAAAAGAAAGAAUAAUAAUAAUAAUAUAGGUG